AUAUCAGAAUAUGAAUUUUGAAAGUGGAAAAACGACUAUGUAAAAGAAAUGUCUACUAAAUGUCAACAUGGCGUCCAUAAUGAAGAAGGUGUUUGGAGGGUUGGGUAUAAAGCACACUCUAGGAAAACCAACGUCGUCAAGUACACAAUCGCAUGGUCCGCCAUCACCAGACCUGUCCGGUUUAAAUGCUGGAGAACUACAGACUCUUAACGAAGUAUUCCGUAGGCAAAAAGAGUUUGAACAAGCUGAAAUACAACGUAUUGAACGAAUUAGAAAAGAGCUGGAGAAGUAUGAGGAAACUAUACGAGCACAAGCUGAGACGAAGAAAAAAUUAAAACACGUGGAUUUGAGACUGUGUAGAUUAUGUUAUAAAACUAAAUUUGCUGAUGGUAUUGGUAGAUUGUGUUACGACUGUCAUAAACGUGUAUGUACAAGAUGUGGUUCUUUUGCAAGACCAAGAUGGAACGUCAAGAAAAAUAAGAGUGUACGCGGUAAAUGGAUAUGUAAUAUGUGUCAACUAAAACGAGAGACGUUGUGCAAGACAGGACAAUGGUGUGGUGAUGAUACUUAUAUACCGAGUGGACAGGUCAUGCUGAGUAAAGUUAAUGUCUACGGUACAGAAACUGAAUCAGACCUAAGUGGAACCAUGCAGAAUUUAAUUCCCAGUGACAGCGAGAAAAUGCCCAUGGGAAAUUUGACAGAUUCUGAAUUGAUUCGUGACAUGGAUACGUCACGUGACUUCCAUGAUUUGUCAGUCAGACGUGCUCGUCGCUGUAGUCUUCCGGUAACACCUCGUUCAAAGAGUUUUGACGAAGAUGAAGAUGACGUUGAUGAUAAUCAAGAAGAACUUCACCGAGAAAGACUUUUAUUCAGACAAAAAAGGCAACAAAGAAAAUGGCGUCGACGUUAUUUGCCAAGCAACCAUUUCAGCGAGGAAAGUACUUACGAAAUGACAUCCGAUACAAACGAUGUUCCGUUUUCUUCCGGGUUAAGCUCAGAGGAAAGAAAACGGCCAAAGCUCAGAAGUCGGUACAAAUCUUUACCGAAACUCCAAUUAACUGGAAAGUUCCAUUCCAGAUCCAAAUUGUCUCUAGAUUCAAUGACAGACGACAGCAGUGCCUUGUCUUAUUUAACCAAAGAUAGUAGUAUCUCAGAUUGUGCCAAUUCUCCAUUACCUCUAAAUAAAAUGCAGCGACAAGACGCCAUAUACCGUAGCAGUUCUUCCAGUCUGGUGUCUGACGCCAAAUGUGUCGACGGUAAUGGCGAUGGUUUCGGUCAAUUGCCUAACCAUAAGGAGAAUAGAACGGCGGCUCUACGAGGGUUUCAGAGCUGCUGUUAUCAGGUAGCCUCUAAAGAAGAACUAUUGUCGAGACGUGUCACCCUGUCUCAGUGUGAAAAUAUUGAAAUUUGUCAAAAUAGUCCCUUUUCAGGAGUCGUAUCAACUGCAGCUGGUAAUCCACAUGAAGUUAUUUUACACAGAGAUAAAUCAGACCCCAGUCAAAGAACGAAAGGUUUGGGCAUGAGGGUGGUGGGUGGUAAAGAAAGUGACAGUGGCCAGUUAGGUGCCUUUGUUUCCAUGGUGAUCAAGGGCGGCCCAGCAGACGUUCAAGGUGGCAUCAAAGAAGGUGAUCAGAUCUUAGAACUAGAUGGCCAGUCGUUAGUUGGUGUAACAUUCGAGGAAGCACGGGAUAUUACGGAUAAAGCAGGAAAUGUCGUUCAACUCGUGGUGCUUCAUCAAUCUCAGAGUAAUAAGUUAGCAUCUCCGGGGGAUAGAAGAGUUUUAAAAACAGGUCUUUCCAUGGCUAAUCCAUUACCAACAAUGAAUAAACCAAGGCGAAGAAUGUUGCCCCCUACCCCGAUCGAAAUUAAAAAGACAACCCGGAAGGUGAGCGGUCGUAUCCAAGCGCAGAUUAAUUAUUCGCCCACGGAUGAAAUAUUAUCAGUUAUGGUUAUUAAAGCAACGGAUAUUGGUCUAUCUGAUGAAGCUUCAAGAAUUCCAAAGCCGUUCGCCAUGGUACAUAUAUUACCCCAAAGGAGUUUGUUCUGUUUUUAUGAGACAGAACCGCAGAAAAAGACAAGGAAUCCCGAAUGGAAUAAAACUUUUGAAUAUCCAGAAAUAGCAGAACAUGAGGUUAAGAGACUCUCGGUAGAAAUUACGAUAUGGAGUCAGAAGCUAACAGGAGAUAUUUUUAUUGGGGAGGUUUUACUAGAUCUGAAAGACAAAGUUCCAGUUGGUCCAAUCUGGUACGACCUGGAAGAUCAUGACGAGAAUAGUUCCCCUCUUCCAGACCGUAAAUCAUCUGUUGGGGAUAUAUCUGAAGCAGAUAUCCUGAUCGGAUCACAAGAUAAAGGUGAUGACCAUCCGUCAGUUCAUCGUUCCCUACCAACAACACCAUCUUAUGAACACACUAGUAACAGACUUUUGGUUAAGAUGCAAACAGUUACAGGCCACGGCAUUGAUAACCAUUAUACGCCAUCACCGAUACCAUCACCAACUAAUAUUCCGGAUGCCAUCUUUAACGAAGGUAAACGACAAAGUUUCAGUAAGAAGGUGAAGAAGAGAAUGUCUAAUGCUGUUUGUAAAGUGUCUUUAUCCUUAUCUAUAUCUGAUAAGCGUGAAAACGAUAGCGAUGGCUUUAUCCCUAGAAAACUCAGCCGUGGACUUAGUCUGGAACAAACAGAAACUUUCGACAGUCCCAGACUGCGUAAACUUUCUAAUGUUAAUCUAGACAUGUUGGCCCCACCUCACCCGUUAAGUCGGCGCAGCAGCCAGUCAAGCUACCACACAGACGGGCCUUCAGAAAAUGAUGAGGAUCUUUUAAGGGACGUGCCUGAUACACCAGACCGCCCUGCGCCAGAUGGUGACGAUAUAACCUCUAUAUUAGGACCAGGACAACUAACCCCAAAACCUUCGGCAGAAUCUGAAGUGUGUGGCGAUGUUAAAUUGGGUUUUAUGAUAACAAAAGGUCAGUUAGAAGUGGAUAUAUAUUGUGCCAGGAAUCUUUAUCUGGGUGGCACCAAUACAUCACCAGAUACGUAUAUUAAAACUUAUCUGGUGGAAGGUAGAAAGAUCAUACAGAAAAAGAAAACAAGAUUGAUUAAAGCUUCCAGUAUUCCACAAUAUAGAAGUAAAAUCAAAUACUCGGCUUCUAAUGUUCAUGGCAGAUGUAUGAGGGUCACAAUUUGGGAAAAAAGCAAAGGAUUUGAUAGGAAGAUUUUUGUCGGGGAAGCGGUUGUUAAGUUGGAUAGUUUGGAUUUAUCUUUACACACAAUGGCCUGGUACAAACUCUUUAAACAAAAUGCUACAGAUCUUGGGUCCAACGAUUCAUUGAAUUGGUGAUGAGUGACAUCGCAGGUGAAAAUAGACGCAGUGAUUAGAGAAAGAAAAUACAAUGGACAUGAAAGAUGGAAUGGUUAGACAGGAUGAAACUCAAGAACUUUACAAGAGAUAAUAAAAAGCUAUAAAUGACGGUUAUGCUUCAUCUCGGUCUGUGGUUUUCAAACUGAACAUGGCUAUCGACUGUCUCUUAAAGAUAAGGAUAUCAAAGAUGGCCUUCGGUACAAUAUCAACCAUAUUAAGAGAUAUGUCAUUAUGAGCCAAAAUGGUUGAUUGACCUUUCGUGCCACAGAACAAUAUGGCUGAUAAAAGAGCGACCAUUGACAUUAUAGUUUUAAAUCGAACGAUAAAAAGAAUAAUUUGAUCCAAAUUAAAGUUGUUUUAUUUUUACUAUAUGUAAACAGUUUUAUAACUGUCUGGUGCCAGAGUUUCAUGUAAUAAAAUCUUUAUUAUAUUAUA